AUGAGUACAACUUAUGGAGAUUGCUCAAAACCAAAGAAAUCUAAGACAUCUGAGGAAAUCACUUUCACAUCUUACUGGGCUCACUUACCAUCCCUAUUGUUACAUGAUAUUUUCGAUUUGUUGAACAGAAGAGACAGGAGAAAUGCGUCUGCUGUUUGUAAACACUGGAGACAGAACAGCUUUCAUCCAAAAUGGUGGCCCACAAUGAAAUUCAGAUUGGAAAAUAAUGAUGAAGAAAAGUCCAGAUUUUUCACCAACACAUUUGGGCAUAUUGUGGCAGAAGCAAAUAUUACACUGAAUUCUUUAUCUAGCAAGUCUGUUGAAGAGUUCAUCCAAUUGUUACAUCAACUAAUAAGAAACAAUAAUUUGAAAAGUAUAAUUAUUGAACCCAGCCACUGCCGAUUGGAAUUACCUAUGAACCAAAGUGGCAGCAUAUAUGAUGGGGGCUUGGAAGAAAUCAUAAGUAUCUUGAAAACAUGUUUAUUAACACGUCUAAACAAAUUCAGUAUAGGUUGCAUUGAGGAUUUAUGUCUUUAUAUCAAAGAUAUAUUGGAAAAUCUGAAUCCUUCAUAUGUAACACACUUAGGACUAGCAUCUGUCAAAGAUGAUCCUGAUAAAUACCAAGCAAACUAUUUCGACCCUAAACUGAUUGCCCCAUUCACAAAAUUACAGGUAUUGAGUAUAGACUAUGAUCAGUUAUCUGAUGAGUUCUUAUCAAAAUUAGAUUCUGCAAAGCAAUUGGAAAGACUAAUAGUCCAUCUACAUGGUGUGCGAAAAAAUCAUCCUGGUACAACUAACCAGGCUUGGAUGGAUUUUAGUCACCAACAUCCUAGAUGUGAAUUACGUUUGACAGUAAUACAUGCUUUUGAAGAUAUUGAUAAUCUUCAUGAGACUGUGAUGAGGCAACAUAUGCCUCUUUCCCACCUCAAAGUGUUUUUUUGUGAACAGGUGAACUUACAGAUUGUCGAGAAUCUUUCAAACUACGCAGACACCCUCCGCAGUGUCUUAUGGGUAGACUCUUUGAGUAAUAGCGACAACAGUUGGAUCCUCGUCAAACCAUGGCUCGACGAAAGUCCAGAUCCGUUCGUGUUGACAGCGUGGUUGUGCAAAAAUUUGGAAGAAUUCGUCUUUUUUGGCUACAAAUAUUGGGAAGAGAAUCUGAUAGCUAUUGGUAGAUUGCGCGGCGGGAAUUUGAAGAGAUUAGAAAUAGCUGAACCUGAUAUUAUCUAUCCACCAGGUCCCCAUGUGGAGAACGCUCUCUUGGAGUAUUAAGAAAAGAUAACAUUUGGCAACAUCGCAUCACGGCGACCAGCGCUCACCGUUAAACAGUUGGACGCAUUAUGAAAGAUAUUCCAGCGGAGACUAGCAAAGACGUACGGUAGCCGAAUCAUGUUGCCAUUCACAUGCCCUAUAUGUAACGAUUUGGCGAACAAUCUGUAGGUAUAACAGGUAAUAUACCGAUCACUGACAUUACUAUCUAGACCGCUAUAUGUCAU